UGCCUUUACCCGCCAUUUCUAGGAACUGGCAAUUUGAGGAGUGGUUGUAUGGGGAGCAGACAAGUCUAGUGUAAUACUGUGUCGACUAACAAUCGGCUGUUCCCUCUUCACAUUUUGAACGCUCCAACCAAAGGACAACCUGACGGCAGAGUCCGAUGCGCAACAAGCGACGAGAUUUUAAGAAAAAGUUUCCUCACAUCGGGUGUUUUUGGAAAUAAGAAAGUUUCAAAUGUUGGCAGUCCGCCGCAAGUGGCCUGGCAAUUUGAGGUUGUACGGCGACUGUUCUCAUACGCAGCUUACUCUUCUGGCGCCAACUGUGAAUAAACAACGGGCACUCCCCGCCCGGCUAUCGACUCUGACUCCGCCCAACCGAUAUUUAUCAACAGACUCAAGUUCAUCGGCACCGGUCCGACGUCGCACUUCAAGCUGCCCCCUUUCGAACACAAGGGCAAAAGCAAGACGGAGGACUUGUUCAUCUUCUCUUUCUCGACCUAACUCUACUGCACCUGCGGUAUUCACAUCUGCAUCUCCCCGCGCCUUUUCUACCAGCUACCCCGCCAUGGCUGCCACAAAGAUUGAUGGCACUGCUAUCGCGAAAAAGAUUCGUGAGAGGCUUGCCGCCGAGAUUGUUGAUAAGCAGAAAAUCAAUCCAAGAUACAAGCCAUGCCUCAAGAUCAUUCAAGGUGUGCAAUGGUCCCCCGAAUACUUUUGAUACUGUCAGGAUCACCAUACUGACUCCAAUUGUCCCGAAUAGUUGGUGAUCGAUCUGACUCUA